UUAAAAGGCGACUUGCCACCACUUUUGUUCAUAAUUAUAAAUAGUCAGCGAGGGAAGGAAUCGGUAUCAGUUGAUUCAAACUACUUGCCUAAAAAUGAAGUUCUUGAUUGUGUUUGUUGCUGUUUUGGCCGUAAGCGCCGCUGCCAAAAAGGAAGAAGGCGAAGAAAAGAAGCAAACCAAGCGCGGUCUUUUAGAUCUUGGAUACGGAUACGGCCAAGAAUCCCUUCUGGGCUCCUCCUAUGAGCUCUCCUCGCCCUUGUUGAAGUCCUAUGGAGCUCCAGCUCCACUCAUCAAGAGCUACGGCGCCCCAGCUCUGAGCUACGCAGCCCCAGCUUUGAGCUACGCAUCUCCAGCUCUGUCCAUCGCAGCUCACGCUCCAGCAAUCAGCUACGCCGCUCCCUCUCCCGUCUACACCAAAAGCAUUGUAGCUCCAGCGCUGAGCUACUCCGCCCCUGCUCCCAUCUACGCCAAAAGCUUGGCAGCGCCUGCCAUCAGCUACGCAGCACCGGCUUUGAGCUACGCAGCGCCCGCUCCGAUCUACAAGAGCUACGCCGCGCCCGCUCUGAGCUACUCAGCGCCCGCUCUGAGCUACUCAGCGCCCGCUUUGAGCUACUCAGCGCCAGUUUUGGCCAAGAGCUACGCAGCUCCUGCUCUCAGCUACGCCGCCCCUGCUUUGAGCUACUCAUCUCCAGUGCUGUCCAAGACUUUGAGCUACAGCGCACCAGCUCCCAUUUACGCUAAGAGCUACGGAGCUCCUCUGAGUCUAGGAUAUGGAGAUGCUAAGCUCUGGUGAAUUGAUUGAUAGGAAUAUUGCAUCAUAGAUAUAUAAGGAAACUCUGUGUAACGGCCGGUUAUUUAUUUGUAAUGUGAUAUUAAAUAAACUUGAUAGGAAAUGAAGAA